AUGGAUCAAGCUGUACUAUCAUGGUUUCACCGACAGUGCCAGAAUAAUAUGACUAUCUCGGUGCCGAUCGUAAAAGCUAAGGCGGAGAAGUUUGGUAAAGAUAUUGGUUUAACUUCUUUCAAAUCAUCAGAAGGAUGGCUCGGAAAAUUCAAACAACGUCAUCAUAUCAACUAUGAAAAUCUUCAAACCUACAUAGAAGUAGACGACUGCCUGCUUACAACGGCUUUAUUCACUGACAAAGAAAUUUUGGAUUUGGUAAGAAAAACUGACGAUCAAGAACAAAGGAGAUCAGAAGAUGAGCCUGAGCCUCCGCCGAUCAUUAAAGAAGCUCUUGAAGCAGCAAAAUUAUUGGAAAAGUACUUUCUUUAUCACCAAGAUGAUUCAAUAUCGCAAGAUAUGAAUAAAAUAAGUAAAAAAAUACAACACAGUCACUGGUGCAGCAAAAUACGUCACACGAAAAUAACAGAUUAUACGCAAUAG